AUGGAGUUUGUGGACAAAGGGAAGAUCCAGCGAAAACGAAGAAGAGUGAAACCAUCGUUAUAUGAUGCAUUGGAGCAAAGUUUGCUGGCAUGGUUUAUUGAAAGAAGAACUGUUGGUGAUUUUAUAUCCAAUGACGUAAUUAUGCAAAAAGCAAGGGAAUUGAAGGACAGUAUGGGGUUGCCGUUGGAUUUUAAAGUUAGUAGGGGCUGGUUAGAUGGAUUCAAAAAAAGACAUAAUAUAGCUUUAGUGAAAGUGUACGGGGAAAGUGCAAGUGCUGAUGAAGAUGCCGCGAUAAGAUUUUGUAAUGAUUUUAUAAAAUUACUGGAAGAAGAUGAUAGUAUAAAUAUAGAUAAUAUCUAUAAUAUGGAUGAAGCUGGUCUUUUAUGGAAAGCCUUACCAUCAAAGACCUUGAUAGAAAGAAAAGAAAAGGUCGUAAAGGGGUAUAAAAGCCGCAAGGAGCGAAUCACGGUGGCACUAUGUGCAAAUGCAUCUGGGACGCACAAGUUGAUGCCCCUAGUUAUUAAUAAAUUUGAAAAUCCGAGAGCUCUGAAGCAUUGUAAAAGUAAUCUUCCCGUCAUCUUCAAAUCUCAAAAGAAUGCGUGGAUGACACAAGUAUUGUUUCGUGAUUGGUAUGAAAAUUAUUUUAAGCCCAGUGUACGGGCAUACCAGCUAAACAAAGGAGUGACUGGAAAAGUUAUUUUAUUAUUGGACAAUUGCGCAGGACAUACAGUGCCGCCUGAAUUAUUGGAUGCAGAUAAUUUCAAAAUUAUGUAUCUCCCGCCAAAUACCACCAGCUUAAUUCAACCCAUGGACCAGGGCAUAAUAGCUAAACUCAAAUGUCUGUAUCGCCAUAAAACAUUAAGAAAAACUAUUACUUACCCAUGCGGAAUAAGUAAAUUCCAGAAGCAGUUUACAUUAAAAGAUUGCAUAGAAAUACUGCACGAGUCAUGGAGCGAAGUAUCUGCGAAUAAUAUUAUUAAUUCAUGGAAGAAAAUUAUUCCAAGUCAGGAGGAUUGGUAUCAACGUGCUAUGAGGGAGGACAUAAGCAGUUUUACAGGUGAUACAUACAGCCACCGAGAUAUCACAGAAUUUUUGUCCAUUUGUGAACAAGAAGAAAGAAGAACACACACAGACGAGGGAGAUGAAGAGAUGCAAGAAGAUGAAGAGAUGCAAGAAGAUGAAGAGAUGCAAGAAGAUGAAGAGAUACAAGAAAACGUAGAAGAAGAAGUGAAUAAACAAGAGGAGCGGCAACGUUUAUAUGAGCGUUUGGAGCAAGAUUUAUCACAAGAAGCGCCUUUUCUUCAAAAAUUCUUUAAGGUCAUCAAAGACCAAGUAUUAGGCACCGAUGAUUAA